ACAGUUUGAUUUCACAGAAGUGUGAUUGACUUGGAGUUACAUUGUGUUGUUUAAGUGUUCCCUUUAUUUUUUUGAGCAGUGUAUAACGUUGUGGGGCUGUAAAGUGCUCUGAGACGCACGUUUACUUUCGCUGUAGACAGGCUGUAUUCAAUUCUGCCGAUUAUGUUGCAAACCGUUUCUUAAAAGAAAGCAAACGGGACGAACGUGGACUGACUUGCCUCAAUUUGUCCAAUAGAAACUCGUUUUAGUUGCAAAACGGAAUGCAACUGUUUGAACUAAUGAUUUCACCCCGGGCUUCAGACGGGGUAAUGAGACAGCUGCUACACGUGACGGUUAUAUGGUUGUAUAAGGCAAUAAUAUUUAGGUCAACGCGAUUCUUGUUUGGCAAGUGCAUACUUACACUUGCAUAAAGUCUCGUGCAGAUGUCUCGAAUAACAGGUGAGAAACAUAUGUUCGAAAGAGGGGGAAAAAGACCACUCGAAUGAGUUUACUUAUAUAUGGUCAUUUGUCAGGUUGGACACGGAUAUUUACACGAGAAAGCAGUGUUUUCACUCACAACACGAAAUCGUUCAAUUAUAGGGAGCCUGUGUAUUAGCCUAUAUAGACAAUCACUUUUCCCCAAAUAGAUGCAAAAUUACACUUUAGCCUAUCAUUUAGAGGAUAAAAUGAAAGUUUCAUUCCUAAAUCAGGCUGAAAUAUGAGCUACACUAUAGCCUAUUGAUAAGGGACUCAUGCAGAAUACUCUUUAAUUAAAAUUGUAAUGAAAGUGAAAUCUUGGCGUUUCAUGAAUGGUUGUUCUACUUGCUCUGGGCUAGACUAUAGCCCACGAAACGAUUGUGUGUGAGCGCAAUGAACAGAGUGUCCCCUUCACGGGUGGUUUGAGUGAAUGAAUGCGAGUGUAGUGGUGACUGGUGAUAGAGGGGAAGACCGAUUGACCUCUUCCGCGUUUUCCUGGAGUUGUGUCCUCAUUACCCAAGAGGCUACUUUAUCCUUGCACGUGUAGGUCUACGUUUGUAUGUCUACCCCCUCCCCGCCUUAGUACAGAGAGAGGGGACGAAAAAAUAAAGUUAAUUUAUACAACAAUCCCCCGCCUCUUCUCCCCAUCUCUCCUACAGUAGGCUACUUGUACCACAUUUGGCUACUCUACCACUUCCUCGUGUUCUGCGGCGCCGGGUUGCUGCUGACCGGCUCCAGCCAUGUCCAAAGAGAAUUUAGCCGCCGGCGGCAAUGACUGGACCGCAGACAAACGAACAGGUACCGGUUUACAUAUUUGUACCGCGUUCAAGACAACUCGGAAACUGAGCUCCAGGUUGAAAAGGAUCAAAAUCAACCAAUAGGAAACUACGCAAAAACCGUACGCAAAUUCUCACUUGGAGGUUCUGAUCUUUCCGAGUUGUCGUGAAAGCACCACGUGUGAGUUCUCAAGGCUAUGAGGUGAUAAUUUUUUUAUUUCACCUUUAUUUAACCAGGUAGGCAAAUUGAGAACACGUUCUCAUUUACAAUUGCGACCUGGCCAAGAUAAAGCAAAGCAGUUCGACACAUACAACAACACAUAGUUACACAUGGAGUAAAACAAACAUACAGUCAAUAAUACAGUGAAAAUAAGUCUAUAUACAAUAUGAGCAAGUGAGGUGAGAUAAGGGAGGUGAAGGCAAACAAAAUAUAUAUAUAAAUAAAUAAAUAAAUAAAUAUAUAAAAAGGCCAUGGUGGCGAAGUAAAUACAAUAUAGCAAGUUAAAAAAAUAACACUGGAAUGGUUGGUUUGCAGUGGAAGAAGGUGCAAAGUAGAGAUAGAAAUAAUGGGGUGCAAAUGAGCAAAAUAAAUAAAUACAGUAGGUAAAGAGGUAGUUGUUUGGGCUAAAUUAUAGAUGGGCUAUGUACAGGUGCAGUAAUCUAUGAGCUGCUCUGACAGCUGGUGCUUAAAGCUAGUGAGGGAGAUAAGUGUUUCCAGUUUCAGAGAUUUUUGUAGUUCGUUCCAGUCAUUGGCAGCAGAGAACUGGAAGGAGAGGCGGCCAAAGGAAGAAUUGGUUUUGGGGGUGACCAUAGAGAUAUACCUGCUGGAGCGCGUGCUACGGGUGGGUGUUGCUAUGGUGACCAGCGAGCUGAGAUAAGGGGGGACUUUACCUAGCAGGGUCUUGUAGAUGACCUGGAGCCAGUGGGUUUGGCGACGAGUGUGAAGCGAGGGCCAGCCAACGAGAGCGUACAGGUCGCAGUGGUGGGUAGUAUAUGGGGCUUUGGUGACAAAACGGAUGGCACUGUGAUAGACUGCAUCCAAUUUAUUGAGUAGGGUUUUGGAGGCUAUUUUGUAAAUGACAUCACCGAAGUCGAGGAUUGGUAGGAUGGUCAGUUUUACAAGGGUAUGUUUGGCAGCAUGAGUGAAGGAUGCUUUGUUGCGGAAUAGGAAGCCGAUUCUAGAUUUAACUUUGGAUUGGAGAUGCUUGAUGUGAGUCUGGAAGGAGAGUUUACAGUCUAACCAGACACCUAGGUAUUUGUAGUUGUCCACAUAUUCUAAGUCAGAGCCGUCCAGAGUAGUGAUGCUGGACAGGCGGGCAGAUGCAGGCAGCGAUCGGUUGAAGAGCAUGCAUUUAGUUUUACUUGUAUUUAAGAGCAAUUGGAGGCCACGGAAGGAGAGUUGUAUGGCAUUGAAGCUCGCCUGGAGGGUUGUUAACACAGUGUCAAGAGAAGGGCCAGAAGUAUACAGAAUAGUGUCGUCUGCGUAGAGGUGGAUCAGAGACUCACCAGCAGCAAGAGCGACAUCAUUGAUGUAUACAGAGAAGAGAGUCGGUCCAAGAAUUGAACCCUGUGGCACCCCCAUAAAGACUGCCAGAGGUCCGGACAACAGACCCUCCGAUUUGACACACUGAACUCGAUCAGAGAAGUAGUUGGUGAACCAGGCGAGGCAAUCAUUAGAGAAACCAAGGCUGUCGAGUCUGCCGAUGAGGAUGUGGUGAUUGACAGAGUCAAAAGCCUUGGCCAGGUCAAUGAAUAUGGCUGCACAAUACUGUUUCCUAUCGAUAGCGGUUAAGAUAUCGUUUAUGACCUUGAGCGUGGCUGAGGUGCACCCAUGACCAGCUCUGAAACCAGAUUGCAUAGCGGAGAAGGUAUGGUGGGAUUCGAGAUGGUCGGUAAUCUGUUUGUUGACUUGGCUUUCGAAGACCUUAGAAAGGCAGGGUAGGAUAGAUAUAGGUCUGUAGCAGUUUGGGUCUAGAGUGUCUCCCCCUUUGAAGAGGGGGAUAACCGCAGCUGCUUUCCAAUCUUUGGGAAUCUCAGACGACACGAAAGAGAGGUUGAAAAGGCUGGUAAUAGGGGUGGCAACAAUUUCAGCAGAUAGUUUUAGAAAGAAAGGGUCCAGAUUAUCUAGCCCGGCUGAUUUGUAAGGGUCCAGAUUUUGCAGCUCUUUCAGAACAUCAGCUGACUGUAUUUGGAAGAAAGAGAAAUGGGGAAGGCUUGGGCGAGUAGCAGAGGGGAGGGCAGUGCUGUUGACCGGGGUAGGGGUAGCCAGGUGGAAAGCAUGGCCAGCCGUAGAAAAAUGCUUAUUGAAAUUCUCAAUUAUAAUGGAUUUGUCGGUGGUGACAGUAUUUCCUAUCUUCAGUGCAGUUGGAAGCUGGGAGGAGGUGUUCUUAUUCUCCAUGGACUUUACAGUGUCCCAGAACUUUUUUGAGUUUGUGUUGCAGGAAGCAAAUUUCUGCUUGAAAUAGCUAGCCUUGGCUUUUCUAACUGCCUGGUUUCUAGCUUCCCUGAAAAGUUGCAUAUCACGGGGGAUAGUUUAUUGUAGUCGAUGCUAUGCGCCGGGUGGGAUUGAGGGGAGCUGUUUCCAUGUCUUUCGCUUUGAAAAACAAUUUUGGUUCUCCCCCAAAAUGUAGGUCAGUGGAGCACACUCGAGGAAGUCCUGGGACGCGCUCGUGGAAGUUUAAUAAUUUUGAACAUAUUUGUUGCAUUCUACCAUGUAAUUUCGCAGGACCCUUGCAGUUAGGAGAAACCAAUAGCCUUCCUGUUUCUCGGCCUGACGUCAUAACGCCCCACCUGGCAGGAGCCAUGCCUAAUGUCAUAACCCCCCACAAGGCAGGAGCCAUGCCAAUCCAAGAGCUGUCUAGGAAACGGAAGGGGGAUAUAGACAACAGGGAAAAUGGUGAUGCUGAAAUGGAGGAGCAACAGAGCAGAUCGGAAGACGAUGAUCAACAGGUGACAAUAAAAUGCUUCAGGGAGCCACACAGCCAAAUUGAAAAGCGGCGGAGGGACAAAAUGAACAUCCUUAUUGACGAGCUGUCAGCCAUGAUCCCCUCCUGGAACCCCAUGGCCAAAAAGCUUGACAAACUCACGGUUCUGCGAAUGGCUGUGCAGCAUCUCAAAGCCCUGAAAGCAGGUGCCAGCAGUUCCUUUACUGACUUUAACUACAAACGCAAGCCUUCGUUUCUGCCUCAGGAUGAUCUCAAGCACCUGGUGCUCACGGCUGCAGAUGGGUUCCUGUUCGUGGUGAGUUGUGACAGGGGGAAGAUCCUCUUUACCUCAGAAUCCGUCUUGAAGUUCCUCAACUACAGUCGGUUGGAACUAAUUGGACAGAGUCUUUUUGAUUAUGUCCACCCGAAGGACAUUAGUAAAGUGAAAGAGCAGCUGUCAGCCUCAGGAUUAUACCCUCGUGAACGGCUCAUAGAUGCCAAAACAGGGUUACAGGUGCAGGACCUUCCUGUGGGAGCAGUUCAACUGUGUACAGGGGCACGGCGCUCCUUCUUCUGCCGCAUGAAGCACAGCAGAACAGUUAUGAAGACAGAAGACAAAACCAUCCAGCCCAGCAGCCCCAAGAAAAAGGAGUCUCAGCGAUACUGCACUGUCCAUUGCACUGGUUACAUGCGGAGUUGGCCAUCCACCCAGCUGGAUGCUGAGAGCGACGAUAACGAGUCCUCCCAUCUGUCCUGCCUGGUUGCUGUGUGCCGCGUUCACCCUAACGAUGCCUGUCAGCCCUCACGAGAGGUCAAGGUCAAACCCACCCAGUUUGUCACUCGCUUUGCAAUUGACGGCAAGUUCACCUUUGUGGACCAACGAGCCACUACUGUUCUGGGCUACUUGCCACAGGAACUACUGGGGACGUCUUGUUACGAGUACUUCCACCAGGACGACCUGCAACACCUCGCAGAGACACAUAGGAAAGUUCUCCGCAGUAAAGAGAAGAUUGAGACCAGCUGCUACAAGUUCAAAACUAAACAUGGCUCCUUCGUCAUGCUUCAAAGUCAGUGGUUUAGUUUUAUAAACCCGUGGACCAAAGAAGUGGAGUUUAUUGUGUCAACAAACCGAGUUUUGGGACCCGGUCACACAGAAACUGAACAGCCGAGCAGCUCCAAGCUGUUGGACGAAGAGAGCAAACGUACUAUCCUUAUCCCUGGCAUCUCCAGUGGCAUAACCACUAUGAUCUACGCUGGCAGCAUAGGGACCCAGAUAGCAAACGAGCUCUUGGACUCCAACAGGGUCAAUUGUUCUCCAUCCAGUGGAACCUCCAGUCCCUUCUGUCCACCUCAGGACAGGUCUCCAAUGGUCUCCUCUCAUGCCAACACACCAAAUGAUGAGGUGACUGACUCAGAUACAGUGAGCAAGUCUGGAUCAGAGUCUGCUUCAAAGGGGGCCACAUACGCUGGUAGCGACACACAUAUGGACACAGCCCGUUCUCCCCCAGGAGAGAGCUCCCAGAUUGACCUGGACAGCAUGGUGGGACCAGGCCUCGGUAUCCUGAGCAACGAUGAGGCUGCCAUGGCCGUCAUCAUGAGCCUGCUGGAGACUGAUGCCAACCUGGGAGAUGCAGUAGACUUUGACAACAUGCACUGGUCUCAUUAGCAGAGAUUCAAAUGCCAUGAAUUUAGGAGAAGAAUUUAGAUUCCAAUUCAAGAUUAGAAAAAUUAUAUUUAUUCUUAUCGACAUUACUUCAUUUAUUUAUUCAAGCAUUUUCAAAGAGGAUUUCUUUAUAUUCCUGAAUUGGGAUUUCAAUUCACUUCCAGAAUUGAAAUGGAAUUGACCCUCAACUCCAUCAGUCCUUAACUCUGUAGUUUAUGGUUAGACAAACUCCAUCCAGGGACUCUUUUCGUGUGCUCGGCUACCAAGAAAACAGAUUUAUGUGCUUCUGAGGGACUUCUACAGCUCUCUGUUUAAGUUUCAGCAAGAGAUAUCCAGCCUGCGCUAAAACCAGCUAACUCUUUGGUGGCUUGCACAGCGGGUUCAAUUGGUGGGGAUUUUUUUUUAUCAAUGUUUCAAUGUAACUGAAUGUAUACUAAAAACCACCCGAGUUUGCCUAUAUCUGGGGGCUCACAGAUCGAUACCAGUUCGGUACUCUUGGGGUUCCCGCCGGUGUGAAAGUGAUCAACUCAAAUUCCAAGGGAGUGGACGAAGGCAUAGGUUAAUCAAUUACAAAGUAUAUUAACUUUGAACACUGAUCACUUGUGUGAAUAACUUGAAAUGAAACAUUACAACUGUGUCUUCACUCAAAUUGUCAUUGUCUGUUAUUACAAAGUGAAAUUGUAUAUUGUUCUGUCUUUUUGCUCUUGCAUUGUAGGCUUCUGUGUAGGUGAAUCAAUAUUGCUGCCAUGUCUAUUGUAAAGACAGCGGCAUACCUUUUUCUGAAGUCACUCAGAGGUAGAGCUGCUUCUCUUAAUGUUUUCAUUUACACUGAAACAGAACACCCUGAAGAUGCACCUGCAGGGAUGUAAUGGAGGCUAAACGCACACACUUUUUAAGUUUGUGAAAAGCAUUUACACAUUUAUUAUGCAACGUUGGCGUUGUUAGCAAUAGCGUGUGUGUUGCCUAUCCUAGAGGAACACAAUGGAAAUAAGCUCUCAGGCUUUAUUAUGUUUUGUCCUCAAUGGUUUUAAGUAUCUGGUCUUCAACUUUUUAAUGAUCAAAUAAAAUUCUCACUGCCCAUCACCACAACCAGCAUUCAGCGCUUAACCACUUUAAUUCUUUACUACCUCAUCCCUGUGUAUCUGCCUUAUACAAACACAUCCUAGUUGAUUUGAAAUGUGGAGGUGUGAAACUAAUCCAGACAAGGAAAAUAAUGCUUGCAAACAACCU